CUCAAUUUCUGGAAAACCUAACAAAACAAUCAUCACAAUCACCAACUCUGCAUCUUCCGGCGACAGAAUAAGCACCCGGCGAAGAACUAUGUCGGCAUUUGAAGCUCGAAUCUCUCUCAUAUUCGCUCUCACUUCUCAAUCCACCUCUCUCUCCCAGCGACUUGUUGCCGAUUUGGCUAACGAGACGGCUAAAUACUUGUUUCCGAAAAGAUUUGAAAGCCGCACUCUCGAAGAAGCGUUGAUGACAGUUCAUGAUCUUGAGACUAUCAAGUUCAAAGUUCUGAGUAGAAGGGACCGGUAUGAGAUUAGGGAAAUGGAGCCUUACUUUGUAGCAGAGGCUACAAUGCCUGGGAAGAAUGGGUUUGAUUUCGGCGGUGCUUCUCAGUCAUUUAAUGUUCUUGCUGAAUACCUUUUUGGUAAGAAUACAAUGAAGGAAAAAAUGGAAAUGACUACACCUGUUCUUUACUACAGCUCCUCUCUGUAUCUAGGGUAUCUUAAAAUUGAGUUUCUUACUUCUAGAACAGGCUUCUGCUUUGAGAAUGGAGAAGCCAAAUCUUGGAACACCGGCUGGGAAAGCGAAGUUGAUGGGAACAUUAAGUGGAAUUGGUGGUGCAAUGAUCCUAACUUUAUAUGA